UUUUGGUAACUUGGUGUGUUUAUAUAGUUGAGGUUAUUUUAAGUGGUAGAUUCCGUUGGAAUUAUGUCACUGAUUUCACUAAUUUCUCUGUCUAGUCACUGAUUUCUCUUUUUAACUAAUAUUAACUAACGAAAAUUUAACUGUAAUUUAAACACGAAGUUGAUCUUGUUGGUGAUGGUGAUAAACUGUCGUAUAUUUUUCAUGAUUUGGACGAUUCUUAAUUGUCCACCCCUUUGUCCAUCUCUAUUUCCUUAUUAAAUUGACCUAUAAAUAAAUCUAAUUUAAGUUUGGGUGCGAGUGACAAAAGUCAAAAGUCAUUGUUGCAGUUGACAACAAUAGGUGUCAAAAGGUGAAAAAAUCUAAUUUGACUGUCAGUAAAAAAUAAUUGAAAAUUCAAUUAAAUUAAAAAUAUAACUCAAUUAAUUUAUAAAUAAGAUCAAGCAGUAUCGAAAUGUUCAUAGGUAUCGAUCUGUUUUCAAUAAGUUGUCUUAUCCUGUGCAUGUCCUAUCUUGUGUAUUUCUACUACUUUGAUAAAAUUAUGAAAUUAUCACUUAUUCAUCUUAUCUUCUUCCUAUGAAUGGAAAACUUAUUUUUUCACUUAAAUUGACUGAAUUUGGUUUAAAAUAAAAAACGCCACAAAAAUUUAAAAAGUUGGCGUCGAAAUCAAAAGAGGGACUCUUGAUUUUGUCAAAUUUUCGGCAUUUUAUAACUGUGAUUUUUGAUUGGAAUGUACCGCUAUGAGUGUGGCUUCUUUUGUGCGACACCAGAUGGGGUUCCCUUUUCCAACCUGAAAGUAAAAAGUUUUUACUAAAAACUGUAAAAUGUUUGCUUUUGCUUUAAUCAAUUACUGUCAGUAAUUUACUGGUAACCGUCUGAGCUCUAAAGUUGAAAUCCAUGGUUAGCUUGAUUUAUUAUGCAAGUGAACACAAAAAAUGACCAGAAACCCGUUUAGGAAUGAACAGAAAAAAGUAACACUUUAGUCUCUCUUAUAAGUUUAAAUUAAUAUCACAUCUCAUACCGACGAGAUUAAAUGAUAGGGUUUAAUUAAUCCAGAUGAUUGUAAACAUCAUAAUUUCUGGUAACCAAUGUUUUUUUAACUGCCACUUCUAUUCAUUUAGCUACUCGUUGCAAUCAGAGAUUUGAAUUGAAUUGUGAAUUGAUCCAAUAUUGUAAAUAAAGGCUUUUUUCAUACCUGUUGCAAGCCUUUAGUGAUUAUUUUUAACUUGCUGAAGGUAAGUAAUUAGUAAUGUAAGUGAUUAUCUUACAUUUAUGACCAUUCUGAGGUAUUAGAGAGGACAAAUAUAUGGACAUUUAUGAGAAAAAACUGAAACCAACAUCAAUAUUGAUAGUCUUAUUGAAAACAUUGUUAGCCAACUCUUAGCUUAAUGUUGCAAUUGAUUGAUCAUUAAACUGAUUGACUAUUGAUUUAUUUAGUUCAUCGAGUAUAAAGCAUGAAUCGAUAAUACGACUACUAAUUGGAUCAACGCUUAACUAUCCUCAUGAUUGUUGUAUCGGAAGUUGGUCAGCAGCAUAAGAAUUGAGUUUCAAGUUGCUUGGAGAUCAGAUUAAUGUAAAACUGUCAUUCAUUUUCAUCUUUUACUUUCUCUUUUAUUUCAAUUCACCUUAAGGCUAAUAAGAUCUUUAGAAAAAAUUCAAUCAUUUGAUUAGAGAGGGAAAGAGACAGAGACAGUCAUCUAUAUCAUCAAUAAUAUCAUCGAUAUGAUUACACUUUGAUGGAUAUGAAGUGAAGGUGAACAACGAUUCCGAAGUGACCAAGCAUCAAGAUCACUUCUGGCAAAUAGUUUUAUUGUUUUCAUCUUAUUGUAAAAUCUGGUUUCCCUUCUUUGAUUUAUCCUUUGCCUGAUUUAAGUCUUACGAAUUGAGCUGAAAAGUUAUUGUUUUGAUUUGAUAUUUGAAAAUUUAUUUUGUCUUCCGUUCAUCCAAUUAUUACGUUAACCUUUGCUUUCAGGUUUGAUAAAGGUUAAGGUUUCAUGUUUAAUGCUUUAAUAAUGGUUAUUAUCAUGAAGGUUUGUGCUGAGCCCGACUCACUUCACCUGUUUCCUAUUUAUGGAACUAUCCGUUUGUGGUCAAUUUAUCCUAUCCGGAUUACAGCCACUCAUUGGUUAACCAUUCGUCUGAAUUUAUUGCAAAAAAACAUUCCUUUCGAUGCUGUUGCUUCACCCGAUGACUUCCCUCUGAUCAACAAUCAACAUUUAGUGAUUACAUUGAUAAUCAUUUACUUGUGCUUUAUAAUCGAAAUAAUUCCUAGUCUAAUGUCUUCUCGAUUACCUUAUAACCUUCGUCCAUGGCUCGUCACUUACUUCCAGUGAAACUUUAUUCCAUAUACAUAUUGUACAUAUUGUAUUUGGCAUAUUUCACAUUAAUUACCUUCAACUUCACCAUCUUUAAAACAGCCAAGCAAAUUCAUUGAUUAAGUAAGCUGAUGAUCAUCAGUCACAAAAUUGCAUUUAAUUGUUAGCAGAUUUUUCAGAAAUUUUUUUCACGAAAAAUGUUAGUCCAGGAAAUUUCAAAGCCCACUAACAAAGUUUGAUUCACUUAGCUAUUUCAUAUAGACUUUGUGAUGGCCUGGGUGCAAGGCUAAAGAAUUUACCCAACAUACUUGCGUGAUCUGGCUCUGGUUAUCACUGGUUCAGAUCAAAGGAGCAUCCCAAAAGGCGAGAACUGAAGCGGUAUUGAAAGCGCAUUAUGGCAUAAAAACUUUACCAAAUUGACAAUUAACCUUGAAAACGGAAAACAAUCUUAUAGAUGGCAGCAUAAACUUAGCGUCUUCUGGUUUAAAAGACUCUUCACUGAAGAGCAGAAACAAGAAAAAUUAUUAGGUUGUUCCGUUUGAAAUCGGCCCUUAAGUUUCUUAUUUUAUCAAUUUCCUUCUUGUGAGGCUGAGUUAGCUUGAGAAUUCAGGUCUAAGGACUAAGUUUUCUUUAACAUAACAAAAGACAAUAUUCCAUUCGCACCUACUUACAUGAAAGUUUCAAUUUCAAGAAUUUUCAUCAUUUAAGUUACUUUUCUUAAACCUUCGAACAAUUACCAAUAGAAUCUGAAUAAAAUUGGAAAUCGCCCAUAGACCAUGGCCACCAUGUUACAGUUUAUACACAACUUUUUCAUUUGCAUUAGGCUCAAAACAUAGUGGCGAAUUGAUUUUUGUAGAUAACCAUGAGUUUAGUCAGAAAACCAGUCAUCAAGGGAAGCAAAUAUUCAAAAAACUCUCUAAUUUAAAUGAACCUGGUCCUUGAAUAAACCAAUUCACCUCUAAUAGGCAUAUCGAUAAAAUUUUGAUUGAAACACAUGUGAAACUACUGUAUUAAAGCCACAAAAGGGUGUAAGAUUGAAGGCUGAGCGAUCUCUGGUCAAAAAGUAGUUUUAGUUCAAAAAUAGCCGGUUUCAAACGGAACAACCCAAUAAAGGGGCGCCUUAAAAGCUGCUUUUACCUCUAAUAAAUCGCUUAAUGAUUUCAUAUUUUUAACUCAAUUAGAUUGAAACGAAAACUUAAAGUUCUAAAUUUGGGUUUUAAUAAACAUUUGAAUACUCUUUUCACCCAAAUAUUUCAUCAAUUUGUUUGAUUUUCCUCUUGUUAUGUUUAAAAAUAAUCAAGCAAUUUAUCUUCAAUAGUUGAUCUACAUAAGCAAAUCAUUUACACUCAUCUCAAGUCAUCAUCCAUUAACCAAAAGAUUGGAACAGUUUUCUUCAAUUCAAUGAAACUUCAUUUUCUGGUCAAUCAAUUCCGAAAUUGGUGGACGACAAAAUACAUCUUCAAUUGGUUGUCUUCGUCUUUACUUGACCGUGUAGUGCAUAAACAGCAAUGUUACUUUACAUUGUUUUCAUAGUUUUUUCAUCGCUUCUAUUAGAUUGUGAUUCCAAAGAAUUUAAAUGUAAAUCAGGACAAAUUAUACCAAUUGAUAGACUGCAUAAUGGUUUCAAGGACUGUUAUGAUGGAUCAGAUGAAGACUGUCUUAACAAUCAGCAUAAAUGUUUAUGCGGUUUACCGGUUUGCCUCGAUAAGUCACGAGUAAAUGAUGGUAUAAAAGACUGUAUCGAUGGCUCAGACGAAGGUCAUGCUGAUACAAAUUUGUGCCGUUAUGAUACUACAGAGUUGGCUGUUGGCGGGGCUGAAAAAAAUGCUGGUAAUAAUGAUAAACUUGCAACGUCUAAUCUAGUCUCAGUAGUCGUGUCCAAUGUAAGCGCACCAACCAGUGCAUUUACACAGUCAUCUACGGAAGCUUCACCUCUUUCUUCAUCAUCAUUACCAUCAAUCUCAUCACCAUUAAUAGCUCCAGCAUCAACGACGGACGAUGUUUUUGUUGAAGUAACCGGUACAUUUGUUCCUUAUGAGCAACUCCGACCUUUUCGACCUGCAGUGGCAUCUUCCGUUAUCGCUUUACCUCAAUAUUCUUCCAUUGUGCCAGCUGGAAGUAGAUCUGUCAUUGAAAUAACUGGAACUUUAUUGCCAGGAGCUGCUCAAGAAUCGACUCCAGUUACAACACCAACUUCAACGAGACUCCUGGUCAAGACAUCAAGAUUAUCAGCUUCAGUGGCACCUACAACUGAAAAAGAUGAAGAUGCUAAAGUAACUACAGAGUCACCUUCACCAUUCAUUACAAGAAACAUCGAACAAACAAGAUUUUUAGUUACGACAAGUCGAGCUCCACUCUCUAAAAGCACCAAUAAAGUUAAAUUGUAUACUGGUUUCGUCUCUAUAAAUGGAACUAAAUACAAUUUGUUAACUGUUAGCAAUGGAACUGAGAAUACUGAGGUAACAAUUACGAUAAACGAAUUUGAUAAUUCCAAUGGAAAGGUUCGCAAUGGAAAUAGACGAAUCAAACCUGGCGAAGUAGGUGUUAAUCUAGAUCAAUUUGGAUUAACUAUUAAUUUACCAAGUACAUUGAAUAAAAUGAUUUCAUCUCGUGAUUUAUUAUUGGGAAACGCUGAUGCCAAUAAUAAUCUCAAGUAUACCACAAUAAUGAUUAGUGAUGCAAAUAAGGUUAAAUUUGAUCAAACAACCGGAUCGAACGGACUUUUAUUAAAUCAAGAUAAAUCACGUCGAAUGGACUCUUCUGAAGGCUCAGAUCUAAAUAAAGAUGAGCUAGUUGAUUUGUUGAAAUUAUCUGUGGCCGUUGAAACUUCACUUGACAGUAAACUUAAAAACAUUGUCGUUAAACAGUCAACUGCUGUUGAAGUAAAUGAUUCUGAAGCUAAACAAUCAUCUAAAGCUAAACAUGUGCCUCAUCAAUCUGGUACAAACCGUGCAUUAUCAGAACCAAAUGAGCAGUUUGUGGCUUACGGAUUAGAAAAUUCUGAUGUUAGUGCUAAAAUAGUUGGUAAUCAAUUUCACUCGUCUGGGCCAACAGUUUCAUCAAUUACACCAAGUCAUGUUAACCUUCCAACACGAACUGUCAUUGAUAGCUUGAAUGAACUUGCGGUCGAUUCAGAGACUCCUGCCUCAAGUAAAUACCAGAUUACACCUCCACUUGAAAGUGUUAGCUUAGUUAGCAAAUCAGUUCCAGUUUAUGAAAGACCUACUUUGAAACUACGAGUCGACCCUAUCAACACCCAAACCAAAGCCUCUGGGCUGAUUGGUACCACAACAAUCUUUGGAUUUAUUGAUUUCACUACAACAAUUAAUGGAUCACUGGUCAUAUUUACUCCUAAUACUCAACAACUUGCAGCUAAAAAUGAUAAACGUAAAUGGAAAUCAACUUCUUCAGGGUUAAUUCAACCUACAACUGCAUCAUCAAUUGUUUCAUCUACCUCAUCCCUUCAUAUGAGUUCUAUUUUAGCUUCUUCAAUCAAUUUACGUGAUAAUUUAAAACUAAGAUCACGAUUGGGAUCAAAAAUACGUCCUAAAAUUGGACCAACAGCAACUCAACCCUCGAUAGUUGAGACAAGUGAAUCGAUUUUCAAACUAAAAUCUGGUAAAUAUGAAUCAAUCAAUUUCAAUCCAAUUGCUUCAUCAAAAGACACUAAACUCAAUUCUAGACAAAGUAUCAUUCAAUCUGGUUUAUCGCCAAGCGUAACCUAUCAAUCUGUUAAUCGUCAAUCAGCAAGUUUAUUGGCAUUCAAACCGACAAGUGUUCAACCAACUGGUUUACUUUCUUCUUUUACUGGUACAAUUUCAGCUAAUCACAGUUUAACCGAAUGGACAACAUUAGUAAUUGGAACGUAUAUUAAAGGAACUUAUGCUCAUAUUUUGGAAAGUAAAUCACGUAUUUAUCCUAAACAAGAGGUAACAUUAGAACCUUCAAAUUUAAUGUCAUUCAUUCAACCAUCGAACAAGCCUUUACUUCAACCCUCAUCAUCAUCAUCAUUUUCUGUUUCAUCCUCAUCAUCGGCAUCUUCCGUCCAAUCGGUUCCAAAUCGUAUCUCACCAAAACCAGAUUCAAUUAAACCUUCACACCAAAUUACAAUCACAAGUGGAUUUAUUUUACCAUCAGCGGCUAGCUCAAUUGAUUCGAGCUCUACGGCAACCUUCAAUACUAUGGCCGAGAAGCCAAACACUUUAGAACCAUCAUCUUUACCGUCAUCGUCAUCGAUCGGACUUUCUUCUUCUAUGAUUGAACCAGAAACAACUAGUUCAUCCAGACAAUUUGAGUCAACUGAAAGUUUAGAUGAAACUAUUAGAGCAUCAUCAUCUGAAUUUUCUUCACCAUAUUCUUCAUCAACUUCAGCUUUGACCUUUACACCUAUUCGGGCUCAUGUUACAACUUACACCUAUUUCACCACUUACUUCAAGGAUGGUUCAAUGUUAGUUUCCUCCCACAAAGAAAUCGUAACAAAUACUCAAUCAGCUACCAAGCAAACAUCAAAGAUUGUACCCACUUCCAGUUCAAAGGUGCUUCCUCCGGUCACUUUUUACACAACUUAUACUUAUUAUUCAACACUUGUCAACGGGGGUUCACAAACAAUUAAAACCAGAGAAGAAAUAGUUAGUCAUGUGUCAAAACCAGGAGAAAAGGUGAAUCCAAUCACUCUUAACUCAAUCGUACCCACUCAAUCUCUUUCACUAAACCAACCACAAUCUACUGUUCAACCUUCAUCAUCUUCAUCAUCUUCAAUAUCUUCAAUUCCAUCAUCAACACCUCUUUUACCGUCUUCAAGUUUAGUCAAACUAGAAGCUUCCUCAACUGAUACAGUUUCUCGUAAAUCUAUUGCUCCUGCCCGAACCUACUACACAACUUUUACCUACUUUACAACCUACCUUCGAGGAGGAUCAAAGUCAAUUGUAUCGCGAUUUGAAACAAUAACUAACGUUGCCUCUGGUGACAACAAUAUGGAUGAAACUUCAUCUGCUGUAAUUGCACCUUCCUUAAUCAAGCCUAGUGCAGCUUUAACUCGUUAUACAACUUAUACAUUUUACACAACACACGUACGAUCAGGUUCAACUGUUGUCUCAACCAGCAAAAAGACAAUAACAAAUGUCGCUACAAUUCCUAAAGAGAUUGUUCGACCAACAGGAAGCUUGAGAAACUCAAUUAAACAAAGCAAAUCAGCUCGCACAGAAUUAAUUACAUUCACUUACUUUACUACUACUUAUAAUCAAGGAAAACCAACAGUUUCAAGUCGUUUUGAGACAAUCACAAGUGUCAUCAGUCCUCAAGCAUUCGGUCAACGAUCAGUUUCAUCAAUUAAACCAUCAUUAUCAUCAACAUUGUCUUCAACAGUAAUUAACAACAAUUUACUUUCACCGUCAGUCACAUUUGAUCAACCAUUUCCUACUGAAAAUCCAAGUCUAAUAGACUCUUCUUUUGCCAAUUUAAAGUCUUUCGAAUCAUCGUCAUCAUUAAAUGAUGUUCACCUUUCAUCGUCCAAAACACCUGAACUUCCUGUUGUUCCUGAGAUCAAAGAUAUGACCUCAAUUGACAUAAGCAGCCUUUUAGCUGGUCUUAAGGUUCCUAUUACUAGAUAUACAACUUAUACAUAUUUCACAACUUUGGGUCAAGGUAUAUCUCGAUCAACAGUCACUCGAACACAAGUUGUAUCCAAUGUUGUCACCGAUACAAUAAAGUUGAGUUUACCUUCUGCUUCAUCCUCAUCGUUACCAAACUUAUCGUCACCUAUUAAUGAGAAAAACAUUUCAACUGGAUUACAAUUGAAUCGCCGAGCUCCAGUUUUAGAUGAACUUGAAGUCGCAUCAAAUGAAAAUCGACCACAACAUGCUCACGAUAAACCAGUUACAUUUUACACCACAACAACACACUACACGACAAUAUUACUACCCACCGGUGGAUCAACCAUUUUGAGUAAUAUUGAUGUUAGAGCGAGUGUUACUCGAUUAGCUAAUGAUCAAGUUCUUCCAACUCGACAGAUUGAUUCAAUACCAGAACGAGAAUCCAUUUCCCUUGAUUUACCUAGAAACAACAACAAUGGUAAUGCUGAAGUAACAACUUUAUCAUCUUCAAUUUCACCACCAUCUAGAUAUGAUUAUGGGACUAAUCAAGUAGAGGUUGUCAGUACAGUAAACAUUCACCGAACUCACGAAACUGAUCCUCUCUUGACUUAUGAGACAUCAUUAACUUAUUUAACUACUUAUUUUGAUCAAACUAAACCGAUUCGAACUGAGACUAGACGAGAAACUGUUACAGAAAUACGACGAAAUACAUUGAUUAAUCCAUCAGUGACAAGAAAACCAUUGAUUAUUCGUCGAACACGUUUACGAGGUGCAGCUGCAAGAGACAUUUCAUUAGAUCCUAGAGAUGGAUCACAUUUAACCCGUAAACCAGUCGUUGUGAUUACUAAAAAGCCAAUCAUUGAACCAACAGUCAUUUUAGAUCGACCUUUUGCCUCUGACCAUUUUCCUCGUGAUUUUAAUCGCCACCGUGUCUCUCAUGUUGAUGAACCUGGCCUGGCUCCAACUCCUGUUACUUAUUAUACAACUUUCACUCACUUUACAACCGAAUUGGUUGGUGGACUUCCUGUUGUUCGCAGUCGUGAGCAAAUUUUCUCUACAGUAAUCACAGACAGAGUCUUACCUACUCGAACUGGAUUUGGAUUAAGGCCAUCAAUCGGACUGCGAGCCAAACGAUCAACCAAUGACGGAGACGAUUUAAUUAUGGAAGAGAGUAAUUUAGAUCCGAUGGCUUUCGAAAUACCAAGUGGACAAAUUGUAUCAAAAAUGAAGGAUAAUGAAACUAAUGAUGAUUCAAUGAAACCAGAAUAUUCUGAUGAACCAAUAGAAACGGAGGAUGAAUCAUCAUCAAAAACAGUAAAACCAAUUGAAGAAAUGGAUCCAACUCCUUCCCUGGACUCGAUUGGCGUAAAUCCAUCAUCCAAAGUGGGUAUCAUUUCCUCUCAUGUUUCCUCUGUUGUACAAAAUGGUCAAACAACCCUUUACACCACCCAAAUUUAUGGUACCUACAUUGGAACCAUUUAUGCUCAUUUAGCCAAAACCCAAACUUCCUUGUUACCUUCCUCAUCAUCAUCUUAUCAGAUUGACCCUGCUUCAUCCAGUUUACCUAUUGGACUAAUAUCAGAAUCGGUUCGAAGUGAGAUUAAUUUAGGUACAACAACAUUGUUCAAAACACAAGUACAUGGAACCUUUAUCAAUGGAGUUUAUGCUCAUUUCGGGCAGGUUACAUCAAACCUAAUUGCUCCUUCAGUAUCAACCAAUUCAAAGAUUGAAUUAACUCAAACACCGAUUUCAGUUUUGAUUUCUACUGAAAUUAACAAUGAUAUCACAACUUUGCAUACUUCUGAAAUUUACUCAACAAUGAUUUCUGGUUUUAGUGCUCAAUUUACUAGAGCUACUUCAUCAGUUGUUGAGCCAACUGCAACCAAUCAAUCAACGGUAAGUUUUUCGGGAUCUUCAACUUCAACUCGUCCAUUCAUUGUUUUCCCAAGUCGAAAGCGCUCCUCAAAUUUAAAUAACUCAAAUGCAAACGAAUUGGUGAAUCAAUCGACAACAUCCAUUCAUACCCAAACAGUUACUAAAACAGUAACUGCAACUCCUGUUGUAGACGCUUCCUUAAAUUCAUUGAUUGUUGAAACGAAUCUAGAAGAUCAAGAUGAAUCUGAACCGGUUGACAAUAAUAAUGCGAAUAAAAAUUCAAUUGCUAAUAAUGAUGAUGAACUACACGAAGCUGAAUGUUUUGACAAUCGAGAAGGUUGUUCUGAAAAGGUUGAAGUUGGUCAUGACGAAUACGAUUCAGUAGCAAAUGAAGAUGUCCACCAUGAAGAUGCUGUGGAACAUCCAAACAGUCGAACUGGCAGGUCAAGUCGACACAGACCCACUCGAGAAAAAAGCCGUUACUACGAUUAUGAGGCUCCUGCUCAACCAUCGAGUAACAAUGAUGAUACAGAUUAUGGAUCAGAUCAAAGUGCUAGAUACAAUGGUAGGUAUUCAGGUUACGUUGAUCCCUAUUCAGCACAGCCAGUCCAACCAGUUGCGGCACCAGCUGCCAUUCCUACUCCAGUACCAGCAGCAGCUCCUCAGGGUCGGUACAAAGGAGUAUUUGGACAACGAGUUGGAGCAUCAAGUCGUUCAUCUUCAUCCUCUCCCACUUCGUCUUCAUUUGCCAAUGAUUAUGAUCCAUAUACCAAUUACGGAACUUCAGCUCCAAUUACACCAAAAUCACAGCCUGCUCUGAUACCACAUUCUCGAGGUCGAUUUGCUGCUAAUGAUCAAAUUGGUGUUGAUCGUCAAAAUAACUAUCCUGCUCCUCAAGCUCAAACACAACCAGCCUCUAGACCAGUUGAGGUUCUUCAACCUUUUCAAAAUUUGCAUGAAACUUUAUCCGAUCGAACGUACAAUUCAAAUGGUGUAACGGCUUCACCGGGUCGUCGGUCUUCUAAUCGUCAAUCAUCAUCACAAUCAGGGCGUCGUCGCUCAUCUUCAAACCCUUCUUCAAGAUCAAAUUCCGGUGAUUUAAGUGAUACUUUGGGUGUUACCCCACGAACAACUCAAUCUGAACGUGCUUUAGUUGCUCGCUAUCAAACACCCAAAAGAUCACAAGUUGAAGCUCAACCAGCUAAUGGACGAUCAUCACGAAAUCGUGGUGGUAAUAGAGGACAACCUGUAACACCUAGUUACAUUGUUAAUGACCCUCCAGUUGCUCGAGCUUAUGACACAGAAGAACCAGUUGAAGAUCCUAUUAUUGAAGAAAAUGUUUACGUUGAACCAUCAACUCGUGGUCGCAAUCAUUUCGCUGUUUCAUCCAGAAAUCGUGGAACAGGUAAAACAAGACGAAUUAUUUUGAACAAUCCAGAACCAAGUCGACCACCGGCAAUAGUCUUACCUGCCUACACACCCAGUCCAUCUUUGAUUUUUGCCUCUUCCAUAACUGAAUCACCAAACUUAUCCAUUCCAGAUGCAUCUAAAACUGCCAUUACUAUAACAUCACUUGUAUCUGUCGUUAAAACUUUGCCCAUUCGACACGGGUUCUUAACAUCAUACGCAACUAUAACAACAACAGCUUUCAAUAAAUCCGUAAUUAACCCAAAUGAAUAUCAGUUGAGGUUAAAUCCAACUAAUACAGCUGAAACUUUGACAAUAUUUGAUUCAUCAACAAUCGAUCCAACCAAAGUGAGAGAAACUUUAAUUACCACAACAACAUUGUUAGAAGUUAAAUUGGUUCCAAUAAGAAUUGGGUUUUCCACUCGAACCGAUACUUUAACUGAUACUCAGGUUUUAACCACAUUCGUAACCUCAGAUAAAACCAUUCAUCCCACAAUCCACCACGCUUACCCAGGGUAUUCUUUCCCACCCUCUGGAGUCCAUAAUGAUCCAGCUGCAGCAGCCGCUGGAAUCGGUGGACCUUCAGGUGCAUCACCAUAUCUACAAACGGGAUUACCCUAUCCUCAUGGAGGUGUCAUUGGUGGUGGUGGUCAACUAUCCUUCAGUCAGGUUACUGCAACAAUAACUGGAACCACAACAUUAACCUCAACCAAAGUAGUUUCCCUCGCUCUUCACGGCAAAACUCUUUUGUCCACCUUAACAUUAAGUUCAACCCUUGAAACCACCUCAGUGACAACCUCACUAGUACCUGUUUCCUUAGCUCCAUCUCAACCCAUCUUUGUUACCACUCAACCACCCGUGGUAACAACAUCCUUAACCAUCCAUAUUACCGGAGAUUCCGGUGAUGUUACUGAAUUAAUAACUGUCCUAACAAUUCCAGGACAAGUUUUCCAUACCAAAGCCAUUCGUUCAAUCAGAUCAACUCCAGUUCAAUAUGAUCAGAUGAUACCCAUUGAGAAAACUUUAGCUCCAUCAUUGUCAUGAUUUGUCCGUUUUUACAUCAACAUUUGUGCCCAAUAAUUGAUUUAUUUGUACCAUAGAUGUAAUGUUGCUUUCAUUGUUAUUAUUGUAAUUUUUCCCUGCUAAUCCAUUGCCAAUUAAGUCGGCACUUGCUUGCAUUUUUGAACACAAUCUUGUACAUUAUGCCACAAUGUGUUUUGUUGGUCGCUUUGCUUCGCUUAACUGUGUUUUUUGUUACCAAAAUGCUGUCUGUCUCAUGCCUAAUCCAGGUGAUCGCGAGCGCAUUUUCGCACCAAUCAAGUUUCGCUGCUCAUUGGUAUUUCCCUGCCUGGUCCAUUCCUUGCAAAGGUUUAAUUAAUGUUCAUCUCAUGAUUCAUCUUCAUCAAUAAUCAUCUUUUUUCUUCUCCUUUCUUCCCAUAACCAUUAUUUAAUAUCUAGUAAAGGGUUAAAUGAUAUAUCAAUACACAAACCAUCAAAGCCAAAUAUAGAUUUAAAGGCACUUCAUUGAAUUUUCGGAAUAAUUCGGAUUUUCUUCUUCAUCAUCAUUUCUAUCAUCAUCAACGCCAAUCACUCAAUCAAAUUGAUAACUUUAAAUUGUUGUUUUUCAAUUUAAUUUGGAUGCCAUUUGUUUUCAAGUAAUUAUUUCUAUUGCCAACAUAUCAUCAUCAUCUUCACCACCAUUUCAUUAAUUUGUUUUAAUUAUAUUUCAUUUCAUUUGAUAUAAAAUAAAAUGUUAACAAUUUAGA